AUGGGGGGGGAGGAAGACAUCAUUGAAUCGUUCGAUACUGGAUCCUUCGAAUCUGAGAUUGAGCCUUUCGUUCAAGCACAUAACGAUUUUGCAGUCAGGUUGUUCAAGCUGCUAAAUCGAGAAUCUGGGAAUGUAUUCUUCUCACCUUUCAGCCUUUCUACAUGUUUGGCGAUGCUGUAUUGUGGGGCUGAUGGUAAAACAGAAAAAGAAAUACGAGACACCCUCGGGUAUGACACAGCAAACAUGAAUAAGGAAGAUAUUUCGUCUUCUGUUCAGCAAUUUCUAACGGACUUGGAGAAAAAUCAGGGUGGUUGUGUUUUGGAAUUAGCCAGUUACUUGCUUAUCCAUUCCAGUUGCGUAGCAAAUGAAGAAUUCAAAACAAUUGUCGAGUCGAAAUUCAGAAGUUCCAUAUCAGAAGUAAGUUUUGAUGAAGAUUCCAAACAAAUAAACAAGGAUGUGAAGGAAUGGGUGCAGAAUAAGACACACAUGAUGACUCAUCAUACAGAAUCACUUAAUACGUCAGAUAUCAUGGUCUUGUUAAAUGGAAUUUAUUUCCAAGGAUCGUGGCUUCAGCCAUUUGACAAGCAAUCCACUGUUCUUCAAUGUUUCUACAACCAGGAAGAUGAUGACAACGCCAAGGAAGUGGAAAUGAUGCAUUUGAAAGGAACUCUUCUAUGUUUGGAGAACGAUGAGUACCAAGUUGUUCAGUUACCUUUCAGAGCAGAAGAGAUUGCAAUGUUGGUGUUGCUGCCUACAUCCAAGAUCACCUUGGACGCAUUUGAAGACGAAUUAACGCCAACUUUUAUCCAAGACAUGAGGAGGAACAUGCACAAGAGGAAGGUUCAUCUGGAACUGCCAAAGUUUCGCUUGGAGUAUUGCAAAUCUGUUAAAUCUUGUCUCCAAUCCUCCGGACUAGAAAAGAUAUUUGACAAGACAGCUGAAUUCGGUGGCAUUAGUAGUUCUGAAGCUUUGGUGAUAUCUGAUAUCCUACAUAAAACUGUGAUUGACAUUAAUGAAGAAGGUAGUGAAGCUACUGCAGCAACAGUGUUCACGGUGAAAUGUGAUGAGGCUGAUACCCCUGUUCUUGUGGACCAUCCAUUUAUUUUUGCCAUUUAUGAUUUACGAAGUGAUAUAAUUUUGUUUCUCGGUAAAGUAGGGGAAUUAUAAAGCAAAGUUAUUUAGUAAUAAAUAUAAAGUUGCUAAUGCUUACACUCAAUGGCCAAUGAAUUAGAAACCUUUGCGAUUUGCAUUUGAAUGCGUGCACUGUGCACUGGAAGGAAUAUCAUGAUCAAGGGCGGAUUCAGAAAUUUUUGAAAGGGAGUCAAGUUUCAAUCGCCAGCGUUAUUGACUUGCUUAACUGAUACGUAAAAAGUAUCAGUUAAGCAGGGGUGGCCAUCCCUCAAGGGAGUCAGCACUCCCCCUCAUAUGCCACGAAGCACUGUAUAGCCCAAACGAGAUCAAAACCCUUUCAUUCCCCCCCCCCCCUUCCCUAAAGUUUUCAUUAGCACAACC